GUCCGAAGUGUCAUAGUAUCCGGUCACUUCUAUACAAUGAAAAUGAAUGCUGCCAUCUACAAUCCGAUUGAUCAAGCCAAAGAGUCUGUUUCUCGUAGUUGGUUACAGCUGUGUGCAGAUACCAGCGGCGAAGAUCGUCGUCGUUGUUCAUCUCUUACGAACAAAAGAGCCCCUACUGGACAAUAUCGGACGUGUAAUACCGGCUAUGGCACCCCUGACGGUCGGUGGGAUCCUGCCGGGCGCAAGCGGCAUUUGCCAAGCUCGAGUACUCUUGAAUGAAACUGCAACACAUCAACAUUGAUUGUAGGCCAGUAUAUUUAAGAUGGUGGACUUCGUCACCUGCGUCGCAACACUCUACAGAGAGUCGGUCAGGAAGGGAAGCGCGAUAUCUCAUGUGUUACCCAGCGCAGUAAGUUCUUCGGUAGUGCUGGCGUCUACGAAGACGCAUGGCGCUUGUUAGGAGUACAUGC